AUGCGACAAGUAUUAGAUCAACUCUUUUCUGUAUAUAAAGAUUAUUUGAUUACAAUAACAAAUAAAUUACGUUAUUUUCAUAAUCUUUCACCACAUCGUAUAAAACAAUUUUCAUUUAAUGAUGCUGAACAAUUGUGUUCCAUAAUACCUGGAUUUUCAUCGCCAUCAUUGGUUUUAAUGGAAUUCGAAUUAUUACGUUCAGCUAUUUCGGCUUGCACAACGAUCGAUCAAGUUAUUGCACAUUUGAAAACAGUUGGUCAUGCGUAUCCUCGUGCAUCACUUGUAUAUAAUUUUCUUGUUACGUUACCUGUUAGUGUUGCAUCAAAUGAGAGAAGUUUUUCUAAAAUGAAAAUUAUUAAAAAUGACUUAAGAAAUGCAUUAAAAAACGAAAAAUUUACUCAUUUGAUCUUAUGUGCUGCAGAAUAUGAUAUACUUUCUACAGCAGAUCUUGACAAAAUGGCUGCUGAAUGGGGUCAAAUGAAAAAUCGACGUGUAAAAGUUACUUGUGAUAAAUAA